AUGGCCCAGAACACCCAGCUCCUGGCCCUCCUGCGUGAUCUCAGUGCCCACGUCGACGAGGCUGGACAGGAGCGGAUAGACGACUUUUUCGACUCGGUAUGUAUCGCCCACAUGCUGCCCAAAGCCCGUCGUGCUGACGCGCUCAAGCUCGCCAAGGGGCGCCCGUCUGCUGUCCACCACUUCCAUCAACCGGCCUCCUCACUCGGGAAGCGGUCAUGGCCAGGCUCAACCACCACCCAAGGAAGCCCUCGACUUGUUGACCGCCCCGGAGAGGCCGACGUCUCGGACUCGACCGGCUCCAACGAGAAUGCCGAUCUCCUAGACGAGGACUUGCUUCGAAGCAGCCACUCACGAGCAACGGGCUAUGUGGGCCAAAACUCCGAGGUGCAGUGGCUGCGCAGUCUCAAGACGCAGCUGGCCAACGCAAGCCUACGGGCACCAACCCACAACUUGCCGUAUGCUCCUCCUGGUAGCGGCAGCGACGCUAUUCCCCAACGACCCUAUGCUCUGCAUGGACGCCGGAGUGCGUCCUCACUCAAUGACCUCCUGCACGUCACAGAUUCCACCUUCUAUCUGGAUAGCGACCAUCUCGAUGUCGAUGUUGUCGUGGAUCCAUACAAACUACCCCCACCUGAUGAAGCCAAGUUACUCUUUGACUGCUAUAUGAACACCGUACACACUUCUUUUCCAAUCGUCCCCCGAGCGUUCCAGGACGACUUCAAUGAGUUCAACAACCGCAUGAGGCAAAGGCAGCCAUGCGACCUUUUUCAGAAGUGGCGGGCGAUUCUCAACUUGGUCUUCGCAAUAGGCGCCUAUUUCUCCCAUCUUGCCCAGACGCAAUCGCAGGCCGACGGACGGGUCCAUUUGAUUUACAUGACGAGAGCUAUUCGCCUGCUAGGCCUGGAUAAGGCCCCUAUUUUCCUUUCGGCUCCAGAUCUUCCAUUGAUACAAGCCACUGGGCUUCUUUCCCUCUAUUAUUUGAUAAUUGGUCAUGCCAGCAAAGCUUGGGUCAUAGUAGGCAUUUCUCUCCGUUUCGCCCUUGCCGCCGGUCUUCACCUUAGGAACGAGGACCCCAACGCGAAGCAACAUCGAAAAGAGCACCUGGUACAGACGUGGUGGAGCCUUCAUGCCAUCGAAACUCUUUUGUGUGCUAGUAUUGGUCGUCCUUGCGUCAUUUCCAACGACGAGUGUACUGUUCCUCUCCCGCAUGGAUUCUCAGAUGAACAAGUCGGGAACGCUUCUCAGUUGCCUGUAAAGACUGCGAAGAAGGCCAAUUUGACUAGUGGUUCCAUUUCCAGAAAGUCUAUGCAAGGAUAUAGUGACGAUCGGGACGACCCUUGGACUCCAUCUUUUUUGGUUGCCCGUGUUAAAAUCGCAGUCAUUAUGCAGAAAGCACUUACGAAACUGUACUCUCCACGGACAGCAAGUAGCUCAUGGGAAUGUGUUCAGAAAGACAUAGCCUCACUGGCAGCGGAACUGAAUGCUUGGGCGGCCGUCUCUCUACCCGAGGAACUUACGUCUUUACACUCAACAAUCCAGCACGCUGUUCCACGAGAGCAGCUGUUACUUGCUUUCAACUACCAUAGCACAUGGCUGCUCAUAUCUCGCCCCUGCCUUUGUCGUCUCGAGCGACGCAUCAGAGGCCAGAGCAACGACUCUGCUACUUUCAACAAUAACACGGCUGAAGCAUGUGUUGAGGCAGCACACGCAAUAACACGACUUCUGCCUGACCAGCCUGAUACUGCAUUUGCCUACCACCAAAGCCCCUGGUGGUGCAUUGUUCACAACAUCAUGCAGGCCAUUGCGGUUUUCCUUCUUGAGAUAUCGUUCGGGGAAUCCCACAUGAAAAAUGGUGGCAAGGAAAUCGCAAAGAGUACCAAAAAGCUCAUCCGCUGGCUUCAGCACCUGAGUUCUACCAACACCGUGGCCGAGCGCGCGUACCAAGUGACGAUGGAUAUCAUCAAAACAGGGGCACCGCGGAUUAGGAUCGACAUCUCUGACAUUCUAUCAGAGGAGGCAGGUGAUUCAGAUCGCAGCCACCCAUUUCCCGAUAUGCACACUUCGGCCACCGACUCCUAUCCUCCACACAUGCAGGAAGCUCCACCCAUGAGUGACUUGGGAAUGGGAUUCUCCGGUGACUUGAACAAUCCACUGCUCUUUGGACAACAAGCACAUAGCCACUGGUUUCUUUCGGAUCCGCAGUACCUCAUGCUGGACCCAGAUUUGCAGCUCCCAUUGACCUUUGGCAAUCCAUUCAUGACAAAUUUCGACCAGCCAGAUAUACUCCAAGACACCAACUUUUAUGAUCCGGCACCCUAUUAUUAUUAUUAUUAUUAUUCCAUUAGAGUCUAUCUGCAGUCAGUGACUAUGUAA